GGUGUACUGGGAAUGAGGUUGCUUCAAUAUGGCGGACGAAGUUGUCAAAUUUCCAUCAGCGGGGGAAAACGGAGAAAACUCUGUUUCUAGUAGUGAGGAAGAGAAGCAGUUGCAACCAGAAGCUAUAUCGAAGGAUGCCGAUGUGAAAUUAAGACCUGGAGUUGCACCUAUUAAGACGCAGUAUUUAAAGAAAACUUCAAAACAUGCCACAAGUAAGAUCAGUUUAGGUGAAAGUGAAGCUAGCAAAGACACUGAAACGCAAUCGACAAAUGAAGAUAACAAAGAAGGUGAAUCCGGAGAACCACCAGCUAAAAAGAAGAAAAAGCGUGGCAUGAACAAAAACAGACCAAGAGUGGCAAAACUAGAUUUCAAACAACAGUUAUGUACCAGUAUUGCCAAGGGUGAAGAAUGUGGGUACGGGGAUGACAAAUGCAGAUAUCUGCAUGAUAUUAAAAAGUAUAUGGAAAAUUAUAAACCUCCUGACAUUGGAGAAACUUGCAUAAACUUUGAGAAAUUUGGUAAAUGCACCUAUGGGGUGACUUGUAGAUAUGGAAAGAAUCACAUUUCGAAGAGUUUUAAAAACAUUGUGAACAAAGAGUUGUAUGAGGAGACUGCACCUUUAAGGACAAAGACUGUUUUAAGUAAGGAGCUGAUGUUUGCAUUACGGAAAAAGAAGUAUGAGUUUACCAAUUCAGACACUUUCUUGAAGCACCUUGCAAAAGUGAAAGCUGAAGGUAAACCAAAUAGUGAACUUGGAAGUUUGUCUAAGAUUUGUGAAAAAUCUGAAGGAGCUGUGACUGAUGAGGAUGUUAUCAAGCUUAGACCAGAAGAAAAGAAAAAGAUUAAUUUUGCUGACAAGCUCUAUUUAGCACCACUCACAACUGUUGGAAAUCUACCAUUCCGGAGGAUCUGUAAGCAGUUUGGUGCAGAUGUAACUUGCAGUGAAAUGGCCAUGUGUACAAAGCUUCUUCAGGCUAGCAUGUCAGAAUGGGCCCUACUAAAGCGUCACAGCUCUGAGGACAUUUUUGGUGCACAGCUGUGCGGCUCUUUCCCUGACACCAUGACAAGAUGUGCUGAGCUUCUUCAGAAUGAAGUUCCUAUUGACUUUGUUGACAUCAAUAUUGGCUGCCCCAUUGACUUAGUCUUUAAGCAGGGAGCUGGCAGUGCUCUGAUGGGGAGAUUUGGAAAGUUUGAACAGAUUGUCAGGGGUAUGAACUACGUCCUUGACAUCCCUCUGACAGUGAAGAUGAGAACGGGCAUCAGUGAUAAGAAGACUGCAUGGAAUGCGCACAAACUCGUCUCCAACCUCAAGUUAUGGGACGUGUCUCUUGUUACUCUCCAUGGUCGCUCAAGAGAACAGCGAUACACAAGGUUGGCAGAUUGGGAAUACAUUAAUGAGUGUGCCAAGGCUGCUUCCCCGAUGCCAUUGUUUGGCAAUGGAGACAUCCUUUCCUAUGAAGAUGCUAUUCUUCGAAAGGAACAAACUGGUGUGUCUGGUUUGAUGAUAGCAAGAGGGGCCUUAAUUAAGCCUUGGAUAUUUACAGAGAUAAAGGAAAACAGGCAUUGGGACAUUUCAUCCAGUGAACGCUUUGAUAUGCUGCGAGAUUUUGUCAAUUUUGGUUUGGAACACUGGGGUUCUGACUCAAUGGGAGUUGAAAACACCAGGAGAUUUCUUCUUGAGUGGUUGUCAUUCCAGUGUCGUUACAUUCCUGUUGGUCUGCUGGAGAGGCUUCCUCAGCGAAUCAAUGAAAGACCUCCACCUUAUUAUGGCCGGAAUGAUCUGGAAACUUUGUUGUCAAGCAGUGAUUGUGCUGACUGGGUCAAAAUAAGUGAGAUGUUGUUAGGUCCUGUGCCGGGAAAGUUCUGCUUCAUUCCCAAACACAAGACAAACUCAUACACCGAAACAGAAGGAUAACUUAAGUGUUAACAAAAGAUGCCUUUAUUUAUAUGUUAAUAGCACUGUAAAAUGCUUUCAAAUGACCUAAUGGCAUUUUGCCAAACUAUUUCAGAUCCAGAGUUUUUGAUUACUAUAUGUCAAAAAAAUGUCAAAAACUCCCUACACUGAAUCAGUGGGACAAUUAAGGGUGUGGCUACUGAAACAAUAUAAUACUGUUAAAACAUAGCAAAAUGUGUGAAACAUAUGCAAAUUAUCUGAAAGAUGGCGAUUUGAAGAGAACUUUUUAAAUUGGGAAAGAAAAGGUCGAAAGAUGGAGAAUGUAUUAAAUUGUACCUUUAAAGUAAGGUGUAGUCUCUAACCCUGACAAUCGCUAUACAAUUUUUUCAUCUUAGUUGUAUUGUAGAGGCCCUCUCAAAGACUAUUUUUGUAGUUUGAGUUUCAUUUGAUAUCUUUUUAAGAUAUUAUCACCUGAUUAGCACCUUGAACAAACCAAUAUCAUUGUUUAUGCCGUGUGAUUUUGAGGUAUGAUCACAUCACCCUUGAGGUCUUGUUGCGUCACUCCUGAAUAAUAUCACAGUUUCUGUUGAUUUGGCAAUAUAAUUCCACGUUUAAAUUUUAUUAAGGUCAUUUAUGUUUUUUUUUUCUGACACUUAAAAUUACAUUUAACAAUAUACAACAGUAAACUUUUCUCUUCAAUAGCUGUGCAGCAUGGGUCAUAGGUUGCAGUGAACAAUAUUUUGGUUUUGAGUAAUUAGUAAUAUUGAGUUUAUUGUGAUACAUGUAUGUCGUUGGUUGCAUUCAAUAGCAGUAGAAUAUAGCUCACAUUUAGAUUAUAAUGACUCUGUAAUAAUAAAUUGCAAUAAAUAAAGUUUCUUUGGGAUCA